UCAAUCUUUCUCUCUCGUCUCCAUCAGUUUCUGGUGGCUGGUGCUAGAGUUUCACAUCUCUCUCUCUCUCUCUAACUCGCAGAGAGAAGGAGAUAGAUAGAAACUAUUGAGAAGGAUGGCUUACUAGGGUUUUCUCGUAUCGUUCAUAUACACGUCCUUUCUUCUUCUUCCUCAUUCACCUGUUUCUUCCUAGCUAUUUAACCCUACUUCGUCUUUAUUUCCCAUUCCUGAGAACCUUAAUUCCCUACCCAGCUUUACCUUAACUUCUCCUUUUUGGUCUUUCUCGGGAUCUGAGAUCUCUCUUUUGCUCGAUCGCGACUAGAGACGAAGAACAAGUUUAUUAUCAGUUCAAUUCCCGAGGACAUCACUUUUCAAAAUUUCCACUUUGUUGUCUUCUUGUUUGUGUGUUUCUCGUCUUUCUUUCUCUGUGCGCUUUUGUGCUUUUUUUGUCUGUUUAUGUUGGACUCCGCCAAGCUAUUAUUGAGCUUGUCGAUGCAAUUGGAAAGGCAGCUUCAUAAAGUCUCUCUCAUCUACCAUAUCUAUCCUACGAUUUAGUGCUGCAGAGACAAGGUUGUUUUUCAUCAGAUCCAUCUGCUGAACAACCCUAUUUGGAGUCAUUACAUUCUUGGGACGGCAACAUAUCAAGGCUUUGAAACUUAUAAAGCAGCGGACAUGAACACAUUUUCACAUGUUCCUCCGGGGUUUCGAUUCCAUCCCACUGACGAAGAACUCGUUGAUUACUACCUCAGAAAGAAGAUAGCUUCCAAAAGGAUUGAUCUCGACGUCAUCAAGGAUGUUGAUCUGUACAAAAUUGAGCCAUGGGAUCUUCAAGAGUUAUGCAGAAUAGGAAGCGAGGAACAGAAUGAAUGGUACUUCUUCAGCCACAAAGAUAAGAAGUAUCCGACAGGAACACGAACGAACAGAGCCACAAAAGCAGGAUUCUGGAAGGCGACUGGAAGAGAUAAAGCGAUCUAUUCAAGGCAUUUUCUGAUUGGUAUGAGAAAGACUCUUGUGUUUUACAAAGGACGAGCCCCUAAUGGACAGAAAUCUGACUGGAUCAUGCAUGAGUAUCGCCUUGAAACUAAUGAAAAUGCAACCCCUCAGGAAGAAGGGUGGGUGGUGUGUAGAGUGUUCAAGAAGCGAAUGACGACAAUGAGAAAGGUAGGAGAAUAUGAAUCACCAUGUUGGUACGAGGAGGCAGCCUCGUUCAUGCAAGAACUUGAUCAAUCUCCUCCAAGGCGUAAUAGUAAUAACAAUAUUUCUCCACCUUACUACUCCUGCAAGCAAGAGUUUGAUCAAUUCCAAUACAACAUCAAUAAUCUUCCCCACGACGCUUUCCUCCAGCUUCCUCAGCUUGAAAGCCCUAAACUCCCCAUCUUCAGCAGCAACGCCUUCGACCAUCAUCAAUAUCAACACUGCAGAAGCAACCAUGGAACCGCCGCCUCAGCCGCCGCCACGACGGCGUCGUUUUACGAUCAACCAGUUGUUUUGGAUCAUAAUGAUCAAGCGGUAAUUACUGAUUGGAGGGUGUUUGAUAAAUUUGUUGCUUCUCAGCUGAGUCAAGAUCAUCACCAGCAACAACAUGGUUCUUCCAAGGAAACCAGUCAUGCCGAUGACGUUGUUGCCGUCACUGAACAAGUUCCUAUGCUGGAAAAUCAGUCAACAACAACGAGGUCGCCGUCGGAGUUGGAGCAGGAAUUUGCAUCGGCGUCCACCACCACCACCUGCAACAUUGAACUAUGGAAGUGAUCCAUCGAUCAAACACACACACACACACACAUGCUUAUUAUUAGAUCCAUGAUGAUGCAUACUAAUUAAUCAUAGUAUAUUGCAGUUUAACGUUGGCAAAUUAAUAUUGCCCCAUCCAUAUAAGUUUCUGUACAUAACAAGACCCUAUAUAUAUAGUUGGAUGAUUGGAUCUCUGGUGGCCCUUGGCCAUCAGAUGGAUGCACCAUAUAUAUAUAUAUAUAAAUAUAAUAUGCCUAUAGCUAGGCUAAUAUUAGUGGUUCUAUAUGUAAACUGUGGGGUCCAGUGUUGAUGCAUAUGUAGUAAUUCUGGGAAUGCAAAAGUUAUGUGUUUUCUAU